AUAUCGCCGUCUCUAUCGCACGGCUAGAGGGGCGCGGAGUGAGAGGCACGUCGGGCCGCGGUGGGGUCCCGUCUCUCAGAGUCGUCUCGGUCGCAGCCACGAACACACCCGUUCGUAUUCAGUUCUACGGAUCCGUGACAUAGAGUAGUUGUGUUGCUAGAGGCGUUUCGUGACAGCACUGUGAAGUUUAUAAGUGAUCGUAAAAGUUCUCUCCAAAUGGUGGUGCUUGAAGACGGAGGAAUGAUGACUUCUAAUCCUAAUCAAUAUUUACAACCUGAUUAUUUGAAUCCUCUUCCAUCCUCUUUGGAUUCGAAGAAAAGCCCGCUUGCGCUUUUAGCGCAAACAUGCAGCCAAAUCGGCGCGGAUACUCUGCCGACAAAGCCGCUGCUGCCUCCACUGGAUAAAAAGAAAGUGAACAGUGUUAAUAGUGAAUCAGUUAGUCGUUCUUCACCAAAUAAUAAUGUAAACAAAGAUAAACCCCGUUCAACUCCAGAUAACAAACACUUAGCGUUCAAACCUUAUGAAACAAAUGUUGUUUCAAAGAAACCCGAGGAAACACGACCUUCUUCAAAAGCAAGUACAGAUAGCUCGGAUGAAAAGAAAUCUGGCAAAAGCACACCUGGAAGGAAAUCUACACCGCCAACUACGGAAAACGGGAAAAAUAGCCCGUCAAAUGAAACAAAGUCGUCACCGACUGCAUCUUCUGGGACCAGUCCUAUUAUUCGCUCAGGAUUAGAAGUUUUAGGACACGGAAAGGACCAUCUUGGUGCAUUUAAAAAUUUACCCGGGCUGCCUGGUUUUAAUCCUCUUACCGGACUUUGCUGUCCUCCUGGAAUGGAACAGCAUGGAAAUCCUGCGUUUAGACCUCCAUACGCGGGUGCUUCAUUCAGUGCUCACCAUGCAGCGAUGCUGGCUGCGGCUGCCGCAUUUCCUGGAUCCUCUCCUAACCCUUAUCUAGGUUAUGCUAGAGUUAAAACACCUGCCGGAGGAGAAACACUAGUCCCAGUAUGCAAAGAUCCUUAUUGUACGGGAUGCCAGUUCUCCGUCAACAACCAUCACCUGUUAAUGAACAAUGGAUCGUGCCCCGCUGGUUGCACUCAGUGUGAACAUCAAAAGUACAAUUUGGCAAUGGCCAUGGCCCUUUCACAGCAAGGGGCCGCUGCCGGCGGUCUGCCAUAUCCACAACUUAGUCGCCCUUACGUUUGUAAUUGGAUUGUCGGCGAAUCGUAUUGUGGUAAAAGGUUUGGAAAUUCCGAAGAAUUGCUACAACAUUUGAGAAGUCACACAACAGACGGUUCGACGCCAGCGUCGGUUCAAUCGACACAACCGUCAUUACUGAAUCCUCUUAACCCGCUUUUCACAACAGCGGGUCUCCGGAGCGCAUAUCCGACGGCACCUCUCAGCCCGUUGUCUGCGAGCCGGUACCAUCCUUAUUCAAAGGCUGGUCUCCCAGCGAGUCUUGGUGCUUCUCCUUAUGGUGCCUUUAAUCCAGCUCUUGGACCUUUUUACUCUCCAUAUGCGAUGUACGGACAGAGGCUUGGAGCGGCCGCUGUCCACCAAUAAAUAUAUAUCGGGAGUGCAGUGAAACCUGGACGUUUGGACUGAUCAUAAUUUAAUGUUGUAUUGUCCAAUUUUCUUCUGUGAUAUCGAUAGACUCUAAUUGAUGUUCGGAGGCGUGAUGCGCCAUGACAAAUUUAGUGAUUAGUGAAAUUUAACAUAGUACCUUCUUAUGUGAGUGUACUUGCCGUCGAAGUUGCUUCUACGCGAGCUGUAUAAACACUGAAGACUCUGUACAGCCAAAUGAUUUGUGUAAAUAAUAAUCUCUAUGUUUAAUAAUAAAUGAAUAUUUCAAAUAUAAUAUCUACAUACCAAA